CGGCCUUGGAAAAGGAGAAGGAGGAGAAAGGGGGCAGGGGGGGCGGUGGGAGCCUGCGUCCAAAGUGCCAGGGACCGCGCUGGUCCAGCCGGACCCCCAGCAGGGCGGCGGGGAGAGGCUGUGACCCAGCUUUCAGCAGACCCGGAGACCUGGCUACCACUGCUGCCUGAGGCCCAAGGGAAUGCUGGCUGCUCUCUGGGUGGGCAUUGGUGCUCCCAAGCCAGGAAGAUUGGCGGGCCCAGUCCUGGCCCAUCCCGGCUGUCGGAAGCUGCAAGCUGAUACCCAGCCAGAUUUCCACGCUGCCUCCACCCUCUCAGAGACUGGCUUUCCUGCUUGUGGUGGCAGCUCACAGAGCACCUUUAGGGAGUAGCCAUCAGCGCCUGACAAGGAGCCCACUGCCUGGGACAACAGACGUGCUCCCUGGACCAGGAGCCCUCCACAGGGCUGAGGCAUGGCCCCCUGACACUUCAACUUUGACCAGUUCCUCCGCCUCUGCUCUGGACUCCUGAGCCCAGAGCCUGGUCCCGGGGCCAGGAUGGGUCGUGAACAGGACCUGAUCCUUGCUGUCAAAAACGGAGAUGUAACCGGCGUGCAGAAACUGGUGGCUAAGGUCAAGGCUGCGAAGACUAAGCUCCUCGGCUCCACGAAGAGGCUCAAUGUCAACUAUCAGGAUGCUGACGGAUUCUCGGCUCUGCACCACGCCGCCUUGGGAGGCAGCCUGGAGCUCAUAGCCUUGCUGCUGGAAGCUCAGGCCACUGUCGACAUCAAGGACAGCAACGGCAUGCGCCCCCUGCACUACGCAGCCUGGCAGGGCCGGCUGGAGCCCGUGAGGCUGCUGCUGCGUGCCUCCGCGGCGGUCAACGCAGCCUCACUGGACCCCGCUACACCUGGCUGCGCAGUACGGCCACUACGAGGUGUCAGAAAUGCUCCUGCAGCAUCAGUCCAACCCGUGCCUGGUCAACAAGGCCAAGAAGACGCCCCUGGACCUGGCCUGUGAGUUUGGGCGACUCAAGGUGGCCCAGCUGCUACUGAACAGCCACUUAUGUGUGGCAUUGUUGGAGGGCGAGGCCAAGGACCCGUGUGACCCCAACUACACCACUCCUCUCCACCUGGCUGCCAAGAAUGGCCACAGAGAAGUCAUCAGGCAGCUCUUGAGAGCCGGGAUUGAGAUCAACCGCCAGACCAAGACAGGCACAGCGCUGCACGAGGCUGCGCUCUACGGCAAGACCGAGGUGGUGCGGCUGCUCCUGGAGGGAGGCGUGGACGUGAACAUCCGGAACACAUAUAACCAGACGGCGCUGGACAUCGUGAAUCAGUUCACUACCUCCCAGGCCAGCCGGGAAAUCAAGCAGCUUCUACGGGAGGCCUCAGGGAUCCUGAAGGUCCGAGCACUCAAGGACUUCUGGAACCUGCACGACCCCACCGCUCUCAAUGUCCGGGCCGGGGACGUCAUCACGGUGCUCGAGCAGCAUCCGGAUGGCCGCUGGAAGGGCCACAUCCACGAGAGCCAAAGGGGCACAGACCGUGUGGGCUACUUCCCUCCAGGCAUUGUCGAGGUGGUCAGCAAGCGAGUGGGCAUCCCUGCGCCCCGCCUCCCUUCUGUGCCCACCCCUCUGCGUCCAGGCUUCUCCCGGACACCGCAGCCUCCUGCUGAGGACCCCUUGCACCCUCUUACCUAUGGCCAGCUCCCUCGGGUGGGUCUCAGCCCGGACAGCCCAGCAGGUGACAGGAAUAGCGUGGGUAGUGAGGGCAGUGUGGGCAGCAUCCGCAGUGCCGGCAGCGGGCAGAGUUCCGAGGGCACCAACGGGCAUGGCCCUGGCCUCCUUAUCGAGAAUGCUCAGCCGCUGCCUUCAGCCGGAGAGGACCAGGGACUGCCAGGACUGCACCCCCCGACCCUGGCAGACAACCUGAGCCACCGCCCUCUGGCCAACUGCCGCUCUGGGGAGCAGAUGUUUACCCAGGACGUGAGGCCGGAACAGCUGCUGGAGGGGAAGGAUGCACAGGCCAUUCAUAACUGGCUCAGCGAGUUCCAGCUGGAGGGCUACACGGCCCACUUUCUGCAGGCUGGCUAUGAUGUGCCGACCAUCAGCCGCAUGACACCUGAGGAUCUGACAGCCAUCGGGGUGACCAAGCCUGGGCACAGGAAGAAGAUUGCCUCGGAGAUUGCCCAGCUCAGCAUUGCUGAGUGGCUGCCCAACUAUAUCCCCCACAAGCAGCUGGUGAGCAGCGGCUACGACUCCAUGGGACUGGUGGCCGACCUCACCUGGGAAGAGCUGCAGGAGAUCGGCGUGAACAAGCUCGGGCACCAGAAGAAGCUUAUGCUGGGCGUGAAGCGGCUGGCAGAGCUGCGGCGGGGUCUGCUGCAGGGGGACGCCCUGGGCGAAGGUGGGCGCCGGCUGGCAAGGGGUCCAGAGCUGAUGGCCAUCGAAGGGCUGGAGAAUGGAGAGGGGCCAGCCGUGGCCGGCCCACGCCUGCUCACUUUUCAGGGCAGCGAGUUGAGCCCAGAGCUGCAGGCGGCCAUGGCAGGGGGUGGCCCUGAGCCACUGCCCCUGCCCCCCGCCCGCUCCCCCAGCCAGGAGAGCAUCGGAGCACGCUCUCGGGGGUCGGGUCACUCACAGGAACAGCCCGCACCUCAGCCUGGUGGUGGAGACGCGAACACCCUACAGGAGAGGAACCUCCCAGAGGGCACAGAGCGGCCCCCCAGGCUUUGUUCCCCACUUCCUGGCCAAGGCCCUCCCCCUUAUGUUUUCAUGUACCCUCAGGGGUCGCCCUCCAGCCCCACCCCUGGGGCACCCCCCAGCACGCCUCGAGCCUUCUCCUACUUGGCCGGCCCUCCUGCUGCUCCUCCAGACCCGCCUCGGCCCAAGCGCCGGUCCCACAGCCUGAGCCGCCCCGGCCCCACUGAGGGGGAGGCUGAGGGGGAGGCUGAGGGGCCAGUGGGCAGCGCCGUGGGCAGCUAUGCCACCCUAACCCGACGACCAGGACGAGGGGGCCACAGGGCCCCGAAGGAGGACACUGAGUGAACCCACUGGCCCCUCGGAGCCCCCUAGCCCACCCGCCCCAGCUGGGCCUGCUUCGGACACAGAGGAGGAGGAGCCAGGCCCUGAGGGGACACCCCCAUCUCGGGGCAGCUCUGGGGAAGGGCUGCCAUUUGCAGAGGAGGGGAACCUGACCAUCAAACAGCGGCCAAAGCCAGCUGGCCCCCCGCUCCGGGAGACACCUGUGCCACCCGGCCUUGAUUUCAACCUCACAGAGUCAGACACUGUUAAGCGGAGGCCCAAGUGCCGGGAGAGAGAGCCGCUGCAGACGGCGCUGCUGGCCUUCGGGGUGGCCAGUGCCACCCCAAGCUCCUCCCAGGCCCCCAGCGAGCACCCCUCCCCAGCUUCUCCCAGUCUUCCACGGCCCGAGCCUAGCAGCCUACCAACUCCAGGAAGUCCAGCUGCUCCUCCCAGCCCUGCAAAGCAGCCCCUGGUGCCCCCCUGCUCUGGGUCGGGUCUGGAAAGCUCAGCAGGUAGCCGGCGGAAUGGGGAGAUGGAGCCACCAGCUGCCCCCACCACUCUCAUCAAGGUGCCUGGAACAGGCUCGGCCUCCAAGCCCGUGUCUGUGGCUUGCACCCAGCUGGCAUUUUCUGGCCCGAAGCUGGCUCCCCGGCUUGGCCCCCGUCCGGUGCCCCCUCCAAGACCCGAGAGCACUGGGGCUGUGGGCUCAGGCCGGGCUCAGCAGAGACUGGAGCAGACCAGCUCCUCCCUGGCAGCUGCACUGAGGGCGGCGGAGAAGAGCAUUGGCACCGAGGAGCGAGAGGGCCCCCCUGGCGCCUCUACCAAACACAUCCUGGAUGACAUCAGCACCAUGUUCGACGCCCUGGCCGACCAGCUGGAUGCCAUGCUGGACUGAGUGGGCCCUGCCUGCGGCCCUCUGGAAGGCCCACUGUGACCUUCAGUGUCCACACCUUUGCCCCAGUGUGGAUGCCCUCCUGCCCUAGGGACAGACAGGGCUGCUCCGAGCCCCUGGCCAUCACUGCAGCUUCUGUGGGCUCCCUGAGGCAAGCGCCGGGGGGCCUCUGCACGUCUCAACAAAGCCUCCUGGACAGGCACAAGAGCUUUCUUCUGCUGAGGAGGUGGUAGUGGCAGGGUUUCUCGGGUGC